GCCGAACGGAGAUCAGUUCUGAAUAGUUAUUAGUUAAAGGGGCAUAUAACGGAGGACAAUGUGUCCGUAGAGUUACUAAUAAGAUGUAUGUAUCCAACUCUUGGGUUGAAGAAGGGAGUGAAUCUGUAAAGAACACCAGCUAACCCACGAAUGGCCUGCGAGUCUGUACGAGCCAUCAUGGACGAGCAGGCCCUGAUGGGACUGAACCCAAACGCGGAUGCUUGUUACAGGCAGAGGGCACUAGCAUAUUUUGAGCAGCUGAAGGAGUCUCAGGAUGCCUGGGAAGUGUGCGCUGAGGCCUUGGCAAAAGGGAUCUACAGUGAUGAUCACGUGAAAUUCUUCUGCUUCCAAGUUUUGGAGCAUCAGAUCAAAUACAGACAUGCGGGCCUCAGUGCAGUCCAGCAGCAGCUCAUUCGAGAAACCCUCAUGAAAUGGCUACAGGCACAGCUUAUGAAUGUGCAGCCAGAGAAGCCAUUCAUCCGGAACAAAGCGGCUCAGGUCUUUGCCCUGACCUUCGUCAUGGAGUACCUGACGCACUGGCCGAAGUUCUUCUUUGACAUCCUGGCUCUGGUUGGGCUGAACCCUCAUGGCGUGGACAUCUACCUACGUACACUCAUGGCCAUAGACGCUGAGGUGGUGGACAGGGACAUCCUCCACACUCCAGAGGAAACACGAAGGAACACCCUCAUUAAGGACACUAUGCGGGAGCAGUGCAUCCCCAGCCUGGUAGAGUCAUGGUUCCAGAUCCUCCAGGCCUACCAGCAGUCACAUACGGAGCUGACCUGCCAGUGCCUUGAGGUGGUGGGUGCCUACGUCUCCUGGAUUGACCUCAACCUCAUAGCCAAUGAUAGGUUUGUGAAUCUGUUACUAAGCCACAUGUCUGCAGAGGACCUGAGAGAGGAGGCCUGUGACUGCUUGUUUGAAAUUGUCAACAAGGGCAUGGACCCAGUGGACAAGACGAAGUUAGUGGAGUCUCUGUGCCAAGUGCUGCAGUCUGCAGGCUUCUUCAAUGUAGAACAGGAAGAGGACGUGGAUUUCCUGGCCAAGUUCUCUCGGCUGGUGAACGGCAUGGGUCAAUCUUUGGUGCUCAGCUGGACCAAGCUGAGCAAGGCAGGCAAUGUGAAGGUCGCUGCCGAAACGCUGCGGGCACUGGAGGCCAAAGUGCCCCUUAUGCUGAAGUUGUUAGUGCACGAAGAUGAUGACAUCUCUGCCAACAUUGUGGGCUUCUGUUAUGAUUACCUGCAUGUCCUCAAACAGCUACCACUUCUCACGGACCAACAAAAAAACAAUAUAGAGGCAAUCAUGUUAGCGGUUAUGAAAAAGCUGACCUACGAUGACGAGUACAAUUUUGAAAAUGAGGGGGAGGAUGAGGCUAUGUUUGUAGAGUAUAGGAAACAGUUGAAGAUGCUUCUGGACCGACUGGCUCAAGUCUCCCCUGAGCUCUUGCUGCAAGCUGUUCGCAGGGUUUUUGACACAGCCAUGCAGAGCUGGCAAACAGCCCCUUUCAUGGAGGUGGAGGUGGCCAUCAGACUGCUGUACAUGCUGGGUGAGGCGAUGCCUGCAUCUCAUGGGGCUCACUUCGCUGGAGACGCCACUAAGACUAGCACCCUGCAGGACAUGAUGAGAACUCUCAUCACCAGCGGCGUCAGUGAAUAUCAACAUACUUCAGUAACACUUGAGUUCUUUGAGACUGUCGUCCGGUAUGACAAGUUUUUUAUCACAGAGCCUCAACACAUUCCCAGUGUCCUGAUGGCGUUCCUGGACCACCGGGGUCUGAGGAACAGCAGUCCUAAGGUCCGGAGCAGGGUGGCGUACCUUUUUUCCAGAUUCGUCAAAACUCUGCAUAAGCAUAUGAAUGCCUUCAUUGAGGACAUCCUGACCAGAAUACAAGAUCUUCUCGAGCUAGCUCCUCCAGAGAAUGGUUUCCCAGCCCUGCUGACCAGUGAUGAUCAGUUAUUCAUGUUUGAGACAGCGGGCGUGCUGAUCGUGAACGGUGAGAGCCCUGCCGAGCGGAAACAGGCCCUGAUGAGAAGCCUCCUCUCCCCUCUCACUGACGUCUUCCGUCUCCUGUUGGCCAAGCUGCCACAGGAGGCUGACGAGGAGAGACAGGCUGCGCUGGCAGACUGCCUGAGCCAUGCUGUUGGCUUUGCUAGUCGCACCAGCAAGGCAUUCAGCAACAAGCAGACGGUGAAGCAGUGUGGCUGUUCGGAGGUUUACCUCGACUGCUUACAAACCUUCCUGCCUGCGCUGAGCUGUCCUGUCCAGAGGGGGCCUCUGCGCAGUGCCGUUCGCUCCUUCUUGCACCGCAUGAUCAUCUGCCUGGAGGAGGAGGUGUUGCCCUUCAUCCCAGCAGCCUCUGAGCACAUGCUCAAAGACUGUGAGGCCAAAGACCUGCAAGAAUUCAUUCCCCUCAUCAGCCAGAUUACUGCCAAGUUCAAGAGCCAGGUGUCUCCCUUCCUUCAGCAAGUGUUCAUGCCACUGGUCCUGGCCAUCUUUGAGGUCCUGGGCCGGCCCGCAGAAGAGAACGAUCAGACGGCGGCUCUGGAGAAGCAGAUGCUCAGGAGGAGCUACUUCAGCUUCAUACAGACCAUCACAGGCAGUGGUAUGAAUGAGGUGAUGGCCAACCAAGGAGCUGAAAACAUAGAGCGUGUGCUCUUCACAAUUAUCCAGGGAGCUGUGGACUUCCCAGAUCCUAUAGCCCAGAAAACCUGCUUCAUUAUUCUGUCAAAACUGGUGGAGCUGUGGGGGGGUAAAGACGGUUUGGUAGGGUUCCCGGAUUUCAUUUACAAACACAUUGUUCCAGCAUGCUUUGUGGCACCUCUCAAGCCAACGUUCGACCUUUCUGACGCACAGACUAUCUUGACAUUGUCAGAGUGUACACUAACACUGAAGAUGAUUCAUCUCAAAAGGGGACCUGAGUUCAUUCAGUUUCUACAACAGGAAUACUUGCCCUCAUUGCAAGUAUCUCCUGAAAUCACACAGGAACUCUGUCAAGUACUUCAGCAGCCAGAUGUGAAAGUUCUGAAAAACUACAUGAAGGCAUUUUUUCAGCGAGCCAAACUGUAAAAACUGGAAGUUCAGAAGGAGGUGGAGAAGGCACUAGAGCAAGAGGAAAGCAGUUGUCAGUGCCACUUAAAAGAAAAAGACAGAGCUUAGCGUAGGAGCUGCUUUUGCACUUAAAGUGAAUUGCAUAACAAAGCCCAUCCUGUCUAAGUGGGGGAACUGGUGCCGAUAAAGGACUUGCGUGGGAAUGGGCUGUCACUUCAAAGUGACCGUGCCCUUCCACAGACCUAGGCCCAAUCCGAGUCAUGCUCUUUCUGUGGGCGUGGCAUUCUCAUCAAAGGAUGGACGUCUGCAAUUGGUCAGCCCACUCAGUUUGGGUGGGAGGACGGGAAGCAAAGUGUAGACGGUGGGAGGGUUGGGGAAGAACUUGAGGUGCUUAAAUUACAAAGUCCAAGGGAAAGUUAGAGACCUAAAUUUUAUGGUUACUUAAUGUGGGGGAAAAAAAACAGUUCAUUAAUUAUUUGAAAAAUAUGACCUCAAAAUGUUACCUUGAUUUUUUGGGAUUUAUGAGAGAUAGCUUUAUUGGUUUAAAAUUCUUUAGAACAUUUAAAGAUAUGAUAUUUUUUUGAGUGUUUGAGUAGUGAGGUUUAUCCCCAAUGCAUUUGAGCAAAACAAGGGCUGAUCCGAGGCAGUUUUAUUCAAUGGCCACAGUUUCUUUUUUAAGUUGUUUUUUUUUUUUUUAGUUUGAAGUGAUAUGUAGGAGAAUAUGGAAGUGCUCUUGACUCUGGCUUAGCAUACAUUUUGCCUUCUCAGUUCAAACGGAAUUGUCUGUCCAAAAGAAUACAUGCAUGACAUGUUCUUAGCAGAGCAGGCAAGAAAACCCUCACUGUUCAUUAAAUGUAACCUCUGUUAAAUUAUCAGAAUAAGUUUCUCCAUUUGUUCUGUCAAAUAAACAGCCUGAUUUGUUUAUGGUAUGUUAAAACAGCGUCCCCUGACCUGUAUAGUAUCUGAACAGCUGUCAAAGGACCCGGUGUUCUUAAAGUAUAACUGUUAUCAAGAGGAAGAGUUGAGUAUAUCAGGAGCCAACAUGUUAUAUCUCCAUACUGUGUGGUGAUUCAUAACCAGGCCAGUCACUUAAGACUUUAAUGUACAGUCAUAGUCACUCUAUGGACCUUAGUAUUACAUAAAACAUUUUAAAUUUGACCACACAGGUGUUUCUCAAGCUGUGAUGCACACUUGUAUAAAAUGUUAUGGGAUGGUUGAUCACAUGUUGUAAAAUAAGUGAAAGAAUUUUUUGAAAAUAUGAGUAUUUGAUUAUUCUCAGCAAAGUACCUGCUUAAAUAUGACAGACAUCACUUCUGUGUUUGCAUCUUACGCAAUAUUACAGAGUGUCAUGGUUAUCAUAAGAUGCUAUCACCAGAUGUUUGAUGAGAGGUCACAUGACCAUCGAUGCCCUCUUUAGAUGCAUUAGUCCUUACAUUUCAUAGGUGUGUGGUUCAACUGCAUAUUUGACUCUCUUCCUGUUUCGUUGGUUUUGUGGCCUUGUUAAUCAUUUGUGGUAAUCCUAACACAUAAGAAAUAAAAGAAACAUGAUGUGCAAGAUGGCAAAUGUAUCUAAACUAAAAUCCACUCAGAAUAUUUCCAGCAAUUGACGGUAUGACAAAGGUAAUAAAUAAAUAAAUCUAGCACAAGAAAAAU